GGGGAUUCGCCGGAGAUGGCCGGCGAGGGAAGCAGCGGCGGAGGGAGAAGCACGGACCCGCUGGAGGGCGUGCGCGCCAUCGUGCUGAAGCCGUCCGAGUCCCUGGACGAGUCGCGGUUCACGAGGAUCGCCGGCGCCGACUUCAACGACGCCGGCCUCGGCCUUGACGGCCUGCUCGGGUCGCUCGCCUCCACUGGGUUCCAGGCUUCCCACCUCGGCGACGCCAUCGACGUCGUCAAUCAGAUGUUAGAUUGGAGGUUGUCCCGUGAGAAGCCAACUGAGGAUUGUGAUGAAGCUGAACUUGACCCGAAAUACAGAGAAUCUGUCAAGUGCAAGAUAUUUCUUGGUUUCACUUCAAACCUUGUGUCUUCUGGCAUACGUGAUGUAAUCCGGUUUCUAGUUCAACAUCACAUGGUUGAUGUCAUUGUUGCGACUGCUGGGGGUAUAGAGGAAGACCUCAUAAAAUGCCUCGCACCUACGUACCGAGGUGAAUUUUCUUUACCUGGGGCACUGCUGCGGUCAAAAGGACUUAAUCGGAUAGGAAAUCUGUUGGUGCCCAAUGAUAACUAUUGCAAGUUUGAAAACUGGAUCAUGCCAAUCUUCGACAAGAUGCUACAAGAACAAUCUAGUGAGAAUGUCUGGACACCAUCAAAGGUGAUUGCUCGUCUUGGCAAAGAAAUAAAUGAUGAAAGCUCCUACCUUUAUUGGGCAUACAAGAACAAUAUUCCUGUAUACUGCCCAGCAUUGACUGAUGGAUCACUUGGAGACAUGCUGUUUUGUCAUGCAGUUCGCAAUCCUGGUCUUAUUGUAGACAUUGUACAUGAUAUAAGGCUCAUAAAUGGUGAAGCCAUUCAUGCAAGCCCAAGAAAGACAGGGGUCAUCAUUCUUGGUGGAGGCCUUCCAAAGCAUCAUAUAUGCAAUGCAAAUAUGUUCCGCAAUGGUGCAGAUUAUGCAGUCUACAUCAACACAGCUCAAGAGUUCGAUGGAAGUGACUCGGGAGCACAGCCAGAUGAAGCAGUUUCAUGGGGAAAGAUCAAGGGUUCAGCAAAACCUGUGAAGGUCCAUUGUGAUGCAACUAUUGCUUUCCCAUUGCUCGUUGCCGCAACAUUUGCGCGUAGGUUUCAUGGCACAAAUCCGACCAACUAAAUUUCUGAAGGCAAACUAAGGACCUUGCACUGAUUAUUUGUAUUGAUCUCCACCCGAUUGCCUGGACUCUUUGAAGCUUACGGGCUUAAAGUGGAAGGUUUUCGUCUGCUACGUACCACUGUUAGCGGCAUCUUCCUUUGUUGUACAUCUGAGGUUGUAGUACCAUUUGCAUCUUUCAGUAAGAUUAUGUAUGGAGUGGCAAAAUACAUUUUGUUCAUCUGUAUGUUCAGAUGGUGUCUGACACAGACAAGAUAAGGAAAUGGACAAUUGUUUUGUGCCUCUAUCUGGUGAGGUUCAAACAGCA